AUGGAGCGGAGACGAUGGGGGUUCCUGCUGCCUCUCCUACUCUUAAUAGCGUCGGCGCCUACAGUCGGCGCGCAAUACGAAAAAUAUAGCUUCCGCGGCUUUCCAGAAGCUGAGCUGAUGCCUCUGCAGAGCGCAUACGCCUAUGCGUUAGAGCAGUACGAGGGCGAGAACUGGAGGGAGAGCAUCCGCUACUUGGAGGCGAGUUUGCGCCUUCACCGCUUGCUUCAAGACAGCGAGGCGCACUGCCAUAAGGAAUGCGCGGGGAAGCUUGCAGAUUCACAAGACAGCGCGGGAUGCGGCGUAAAUGCUUCAGGGGGAACGCCCGGCGAGUGGCUCCAGGACCAGGAGAUGGAAUUCUUCGGGCUCGUCCUCCAGCGCGCCUCCUGCCUGCGGAGAUGUAAGGGCUAUCUUCCUGUCUUUCAGCUCACCUACCCGCCGACCGAGACUUUGCGAGACUUUCAGCGGCGCACUCCUUACCAGUACCUUCACUACGCGCUUUUCAAGGCAAAUAAGGUUGAGAAAGCUGUAUCAGCUGCUCACACAUUCCUACAGAAGAAUCCCAAGCAUGAGAUGACCCAAAAGUACCUCAAUUAUUACAAGACUAUGGUGGAUGUAGAUGAGUACCUUGUAGACUUGGAAGCACAACCAUAUGAGACGGUUUUUGUCAGAGCAGUGAAGCUUUACAAUAGUGGAGAUUUUAGGAGUAGCAUUGCUGACAUGGAGCAUGGACUGUCCAAAUACUACGAGGCCUAUGAAAAUUGCCUAGCUGGCUGUGAGGGUAGCUAUGAGCUCUGUGAAUUUAAGGAUUUCUAUCCAGCCAUAGCAGAUCAUUUCAUUUAUGUCCUGCAGUGUAAAGUGGACUGUGAAGUUGACCUGACCCCAAAUGUAGGUGGCUAUUUUGUCGAGAAAUUUGUGGCUACGAUGUAUCACUAUCUUCAGUUUGCAUACUACAAAUUGAAUGAUAUUAAGAAUGCAGUACAGAGUGUAGCUAGCUACAUGCUCUUUGAUCCUGGAGAUGAAGUCAUGCAGCAAAACCUGGUUUAUUAUCGUUUCUACCGUGAACGUUGGCAUCUGGAAGAGGACGACUUCAACCCACGAUCAGAGGCCUUGCAUUACCAUAACUGGACAUCCACACAGAAGAAACUCUUGGAGUUUGCCAGGCAAUAUCUCCAGCCAGAUGAUGAGGGAGAGGUCGAUGAAAGAGUCGAUGGGGUAAAAGAACCUGCAUUGCCAUCUGAUGCCGAGUUUGAAGACAUUGGUGACUAUGAAGAGGGGUUUUUGUCUGAAUGGUGGCAGGAGCCCAGAUCAAAAGGAGACAAAGGCGAUGAAGAGAGACUUGAUUGAGCAAUAUGCUUCCCAUAAUAUCUGCAGAUGAAAGGGAGGCGUUGUUGAUUUCUUGGACCUACCAAAGUAGACUUUGAACUGGCAAGAUGCAUUUUGAUAUGAUUCCAAC